GUUUCUGCCCUAAUUCCCCAUCGGCCAUCCCUCGCGAAAAGACGCCUUCAUCUCUCAAAUCAGCUCGUCGCCAUUUGACGAGCUUGAUGGAUGCCGUAGACUCUGUUGUUGAUCCUGUGAGGGAAUUCGCUAAGGACAGCGUCCGUCUCGUGAAGCGAUGCCACAAGCCGGACAGGAAGGAGUUUACGAAGGUGGCAGUGCGGACGGCGAUUGGUUUUGUAGUCAUGGGAUUUGUGGGCUUCUUCGUGAAGCUGAUCUUUAUUCCAAUCAACAACAUUAUUGUUGGUGCUACCUAGGAGCGACGAACUGAAUAAGGAGAAAAAUGAACUCACCCACGCAUCGCUGUCAUGUUUUCAUAAGACGUAGCUGUAAUUGCUCUUUCGAAUCCUUCUGGAGGACUUCAUUAAACUUCAUUUUAAAAAUAAAAAAUUUCUUUAUCAUUUUUCCCCUUAAAAAUGGUAGCUUUUAUCGCGUUUACGCCACAGAAUUCAAACUAAAUCUGAUGAAAAAAUCUGCAUGAAUGUGAUGGCUUUGCUCC